AUGGAUGACAAUACAAAGAUCGAAUUAAAAUCUAUUAGUUCAACUAUGGCUUCAAUCAAUGCAUUAAAUUUAUAUGUUGAAAAGCUAGAGGAUGACUAUAACAAAAUAGAAUCAAAUUAUUUAAAAUAUAAAAUAAUUUUAGACCAAUUAACACAAAAUAAUUAUCAACAGAUAAAUAAUUUUAAAAAUAAUAGCAGUAGCGAUAUUAAUAUUUGUAACAAUAACAAUAGCAACUAA